UUAGUUCGCCAAAAUACAAAAGCGCUUGACGUCAGUCAUUUGUUAUGCUAUCAAAUAUUGUAGCAGCAGUCGGAGCCCGAGUAACCGAGCAGCACUUGAACGCAACACCAGACUCCAGGUUACUCACACACACACACACGGAAUACACACAAUCAGCCUUCUGCACGGUGGUCUGCGUUGUCCAGCAAAUCCACCGUCAAAGGUUUAAUAUUUCGGAAACACUAUUGCAGUCCGACAGCGAAGCAGAACAUGGAAGGAUCGUCGAACUCCCUUUGAAUCAUACUGCACGCGGUAGACGUCAUCGGCAUUGAAUACAAAAGGACUGGAGCUGCUGAAAGAGAAAGACGAUGAUCGUGAGAGCACAAGAGGACCUCCGAUUCUGACAAAAACUUUGAAGGUUAUGAAAAAGAAUCAUCUAGUAUGUCGGACCCAAGUCAGCCGGGCCAGAACAAGUCCCAUUUUGUUCCUGACGCCUUGCUAAAGCGCUCAAAAAGCUGUCGCAACAACAACAGGAAGAGUCUCUGUGUCGGAACGCCAUCACCCACUUUGUCCCGACCCCUCUCCCCCCUCUCGGUCCAUACAGCAGCGAGCAGCCCGCUGGACAGCCCUCGAAAUGUGGCGACCGGUGCCUGCGUCAACUUUCCGUUUGCCCGAAGUCACUUGGCUCGUGCCGACAGAGCUGAGGGCCGUCGAUGGUCUCUGGCAUCGCUCCCCUCGUCAGGUUAUGGAACCAACCCGCCGAGCUCAACCGUUUCCUCUUCGUCAUCCUCCCAGGAGCGCCUUCAUCAGCUUCCCUACCAGCCUACCCAAGAUGAGCUGCACUUCCUUUUCAAACACUUCCGCAGCACCGACAGUAUAACCGACGAGGAUGGCCGCCCCACGACCGUCAUGCGUCCUCGCUCUCGGAGUCUGAGCCCUGGGCGAUCAAGUGUCUCCUUUGACAAUGAGAUAGUCAUGAUGAACCAUGUUUACAGAGAACGCUUUCCAAAGGCCACAGCCCAGAUGGAGGAGAGAUUGUUGGAAAUUGUUACCCACUGUUCUCCAGACAGCUCCCUCCCGUUGGCCGAUGGGGUGUUGGGUUUCAUCCAGCACCAGUUGGUCGAGUUGGUCCGUGACUGUUUGGAGAAGUCCCAGAAAGGUCUGGUUACAUCUCGCUACUUUGCUGAACUGCAGGAGAAGUUGGAAAAGCUGCUUCAUGAGGCCUACGAACGUUCGGAAAGUGAGGAGGUGACUGUCAUCAUCCAUCUGGUUAGGAAAAUCCUCAUCAUAAUCUCCAGACCGGCUCGCCUCCUCGAGUGUCUGGAGUUUGAUCCGGAAGAGUUUUACCAUUUGCUGGAGGCAGCAGAAGGUCACGCCAAAGUCGGCCAGGGAAUCAAAUCGGACAUCCCUCGAUAUAUCAUCAGCCAGCUGGGUUUGACGCGAAAUCCUUUAGAGGACAUGGUGCAGUAUGAUUGCGGUCCCUCUGUGUCUGUUGAGCCCGAUGUGGAGACUAAAACUCCACAGGCAGUGACCCCAACCCGACGCAAACCUCUUGAGAGUGAUUUUGAGACUAUUAAACUCAUCAGUAAUGGGGCUUACGGGGCUGUUUAUUUGGUCCGCCACAAGGAAACCCGUCAGCGUUUUGCCAUGAAAAAAAUCAAUCGGCAAAACCUCGUCUUGAGGAACCAGAUUCAGCAGGCGUUCGUGGAGAGAGACAUCUUGACGUUUGCGGAGAACCCCUUUGUGGUGUCCAUGUUCUGUUCUUUCGAGACCAGACGCCACCUCUGCAUGGUCAUGGAGUAUGUGGAGGGUGGUGAUUGCGCCAACUUGCUGAAGAACAUGGGUCCGCUACCUGUGGAAAUGACCAGGAUGUAUUUUGCCGAAACCGUCCUGGCCCUGGAGUAUCUUCACAAUUACGGCAUAGUCCACCGAGACCUCAAACCUGACAAUUUGCUGAUCACAUCCAUGGGCCACAUCAAAUUAACAGAUUUUGGCCUAUCAAAAAUCGGCCUGAUGAACAUGACCACCAACCUAUAUGAGGGUCACAUGGAGAAAGAUACAAGAGAGUUUGUUGAUAAACAGGUGUGUGGUACUCCCGAGUACAUUGCCCCGGAGGUGAUUCUCAGGCAGGGAUACGGGAAGCCGGUAGACUGGUGGGCGAUGGGGGUCAUCCUCUAUGAAUUUCUGGUCGGCUGUGUUCCGUUUUUUGGCGACACUCCAGAGGAGCUGUUUGGCCAAGUUGUCAGCGAUGACAUCAUUUGGCCUGAAGGAGACGAUGCUUUACCGAUGGACGCUCAAGACAUGAUUACCCAUCUCCUGAAGCAAAGCCCCCUAGAAAGACUAGGAACCGGCGGGGCCUCUGAGGUCAAACAGCACGCCUUCUUCGUGGGCUUGGACUGGAACGGACUAUUACGACAAAAGGCUGAAUUCAUCCCUCAGCUUGACGCAGAAGAUGAUACGAGCUACUUUGACACUCGUUCCGAGCGCUACCAUCAUAUGGCGUCGGACGAGGAUGAGGAAACAAACGAUGAAGAGUCUUCACUGGAAAUUAGGCAGUUUUCCUCUUGGUCGCAUCGUUUCAGCAAGGUUUACAGCAGCACUGAACAUUUAGCUACGCCGUCCAAUUUGAGCUUCUCAUCUGAUCGCAGUCACAGUGAGGAGAAAGAAGACCGCAUCGAUGCUGGAGGGCUUAGUCCCUUGAUAGGUCCAGCAGAGGGCGUCCUGGAGCCCAGACUGCCCGGACGCAUGGCCAGCCUUUGCCCUCGGGCAUCACCCAACUCCUCCCAGUCUGAAAGGAGCACCAGUCCCCUGGUGAUGAGCAGCACCCACAGCCUGGAGAUGACGCCCCGCUUUGCUGUCUCAACAGAUGAUGAGGCCGAGGUUGUCGUUUCCAAACUUCGGAGGAUCCGAAUCCGCAGCAACAGCACGGGGGCCAAACACUCAUCCCCCAAAGAGCCAGCUGGCCCACGACGUUUCGGUAACCAACUGGAGACGCCAGACAGACAGAGGCUUCCGUGUGGAGGCAAAGUUCCCAAAUCCGCCUCCGUUUCAGCUCUGUCGCUAAUCAUCACCACAGACGACUCUCCCGGCGGCCUCCAGCCCAGUCCCAUCUCCCCGAGGUCCCUGUCGUCCAACCCCUCCUCUCGUGACUCCUCCCCCAGCCGGGACCUGUCCCUCAGUCCCGGUAGCCUGAAACCGCCCAUCAUCGUUCACACUUCGGGCAAAAAGUAUGGCUUCACAAUGCAGGCCAUCCGCGUCUACAUGGGCGACAGCGAUGUCUACACAGUGCAUCACAUGGUGUCGAGCGUGGACGAGGGCAGUCCGGCCUACCAGGCAGGUUUACGUACCGGUGAUCUGGUCACUCACGUGAACGGAGAGUCCAUCCAAGGCCUGGUUCACACCGAGAUGAUGGAACUACUGCUGAAGAGUGGCAGCAAGGUGGCGCUCCAGACUAUAGCGCUUGAGAACACGUCCAUCAAAGUUGGUCCAGCACGAAAGACCAAACACAAAGGCAAAAUGGCCCGUCGCAGCAAGAGGAGCAGGAGAAGAGAUAACUAUGAUAGGAGACGCAGCAUCUUGAAGAAGUUAUCCAAGCAGAGCACGGUGAUGCACAGUAGUCGCAGCUUCUCGUCAGGUCUCCACCACUCCGUUUCCUCCAGCGAGAGUCUUCCAGGUUCCCCGACUCAUAGCCUCUCUCCGGGCCCCUCCACACCCUGCCGAAGCCCUGCGCCCGACCAUCAGGCCUUUGAUAACUCCCCUCAGAGCACGUCUCCAUCUUCCAGCUCUCCGAGCUCCCCUGCCGCGCAUAUACGACCCAGCUCCCUCCACGGUUUGGGUUCCAAGCUCAACACGCAGCGUUACACCAAGGUGGGCCGCCGGAAGUCAACCAGCAACAUCCCGCCUUCGCCCCUCGCCUGCUCCUCCUCGGCGCAGCCGCUUUCUCCACAGCGCUCGCCUUCACCGUUGCCGGGCUUCGCCAAAACACUUCACCCCUUCCACGGCAAAACCCUGUCACCGCCCACCAUCGUUCGACACAUGGUACGGCCUCGCAGUGCAGAGCCGCCUCGAUCUCCCCUCCUCAAGAGGGUCCAGUCAGCUGAGAAGCUGUCUGGAAUGUACCACGCCGAUAAGAAGUCAUACACCCCCCGCAGGCACACCCUGGAAGUGCCAUUUUAUAGCGAAGGGGAGCUGCUCGUUGACUCAGAAGCUGAGGGGGGCUUUAGCGCCUCGCACCAGGGGGUGGACCACUCCAGACUCUGCGGCUACUUGGGCGGCCAGAGGAUGUGGGACUUGGGGCUGGAGCGAUCGGAGCAACUGGUGGUGAUGCGUAAGCUCAACCUCUCCGAGCGCCGCGACUCCUUUAAAAAGCAGGAGGCCGUGCAGGAGGUGAGCUUUGACGAACCCGAGGAGAAGCCGAGCGUCUCGGCCGGCCCGGCGGGGGUCGAACAAACGCAGAAACAGCCGCCGCAACACAGGACCACUUGGCUGGCCGGGGCCGGGUCGCGAAACAGCGAGGAGGUGGAGCUGCAGGUGCCCACGGUGAGGAGGUUCACCCUCGUGCCCCAGAUCGCCGUGCAGGGCUCCACGGAAAGCGAGGAACAGGACGAGUGGGAGCCGUGUUCGGACGGGGAGGAGGACCAACAGGAGCCCGCCGUCGUCACUUCAUCAUCUCAGCCGCAGCAGCAGGUGGACCUCCUUCACAGCCAGGAAGAAGACACGUCAAGUUCUACUCAAGUCGGACAAUCGGCUGAGAAGGAGACGGCAGAAAAAGCACAUGCCAAAAAGUGACAGCUCAACCUGCACUGAAGGAAGUGGAAAAAGUGGCACAUUUUACUUGAAUUUUCUACUCUCCAUAUUUGUUUGGUGGACCCGUCGGUCGUAUUUAUUACAAUUGUAAAGCACGGUGCGUCGUUAAAUGGAAAGGAGGGAAGUUCUCAAAGGUUUGGAAGAGCCAAGGCUUAACGUUUUGUACCCUUCCGAUGUGCUUAUUGACUGGAUGUUAUUUUGUUUUAUUUUUUUAUAAAUGUUUAUAUUUUUAAAUAAAUCCGCAGUGGUACCAAGUCGUUUGAUAAUGCUGGGAAUUGUUAUUGGACCAAAAUGUGCAAGAAGUAGUUUUAGAAUGGUACUUUGUUCAUGCUUCUUUUUUUUUUUUUUGAUAAAACUUU